GGUGUUUGAGGGGUGAUGAGUUUAAAAAAAAAACAAAGAAAUGGGCCUCGCCGCUUAUUUCCUGUGAAUGUGCUUCUGCUAGGCUGUGUGCUGUUCAACUGCCUUGAAGAGGAGAAUCAUACCAGUGCCAGGGAAGAGACAAACGAAGGUGAUGUGAAGGCAUUUUGGACCCAGCUGGGAAACAGAAGAGUAGACAUCAUAUUUGAGCAGGUGCAAGAAGUCCUGCUGCUGCUAAAGGAAAAGAUCAAGAACGGAACUGCCACAAACCAAGAAUGCUGGCAGGCUUGGGCACUGGUGAACGAAGCUAAUCUAGGGGAUCUUUUAACUUCGACAAGUGAAAGCGAAGCAGUUGAUGGAGAUGGUGCACAGGAAAUCGAACCUAAAUCGAAUCAACUUGUUACAGAUGCCAGAACUGCAGACUCUGCAGGAGGUUCUCAAAGCAAAAAGGAGGAUGUGGAAAAAUCGGAUUCAGGGGGCGAAGAAGCAUCUAGUGAAAUUGGACGUGUCCCUUUAAGCCCCCAGUAUCAGAACCACAAGUGCUCUAGCGCGUGUCUCACCAACAGAGCAGCAAGCGCCUACAAGGGUGAAAAUCCUCUGCAGAUCCCCAUCCUGCUGCACUUCCAAAGACGCCACGCAAAAGCAGACUGCCUUUCGAAGUCGCUGGAUGUGAAUUACAAAGCUCCCUGUGGCAGGAGUCUGAGAAGCUUUCAGGACGUGCAGAAUUACCUGUUUGAAACAGAAUGCAAUUUCUUAUUUAUUGACCACUUCUCUUUCAACACCUACGUACUGCUGGGCAGGAACACUGUAAAUCCCAAACCCCUCGUGUAUGACUUCGAUAUCAGCAACGGAGCUGAGUCUGUGCCCGUCUCCUUCUGUAACGAUAUCGACUGCGCACGGUUACCUUAUUUUAAAUACCGGAGGGCAUCGUGGCCCCGUGGGUAUUACCUCAACAAUUUAUCCACCAUGUUUCUUGAUUCGUGUGACUGCACAGAUGGCUGCAUUGAUAGGUCAAAAUGCGCGUGCUUACAGCUAACUGCAAGAGGCUGUCAUAAAGUUUCUUUGUCUCCAAGUACUAAAACGUCUCGUGGAUACAGUUAUAAAAGACUGGAAGGGCCUGUUCCCAGUGGAAUUUAUGAGUGUAGCGUGUCGUGCAGGUGUGACAAGAUGAUGUGUCAGAACAGAGUGGUACAGCAUGGCAUUCAAGUUCGCCUGCAGGUGUUCAACACGGAGAAGAAAGGUUGGGGCGUCCGCUGCCUGGAUGAUAUCGACAAGGGGACGUUUGUUUGUACUUACUCAGGCAGAUUAAUGAGCAGAGCUGAAGCUCAAGUAUUGGGAGGUGCCAGUCAAGACAAAAAAGAGGAGAGUGCUGUGAAUGACAGCAGGCACGGCUUUUUUUCCAAAAAAAGGAAACUUGACAGUAGUUGCUCAGAUUCUGAGAUUGAACUAGUGCAGACUGGCAAGGAUCAUGUUCUUGAGAAGCAGGAGUCUUCGUCUCAGGCUGUGGAUAAUGAAGAUGAAUCAUCUGAAGUUCACCCAAGGAAUUCGAGUGUGGCAGCGGUGAGAAGGCCUGGAACUAGAAUAGCUGUUGUUCAUAAUCACCAGCUACAAAUGGAAGUUGAUACACUGGUGCGCAGUGCCAGCUCAGACGAAGAUAAUAGUUCUCAGCCUCAUCAGUCAAGCAAAGCAAAACUAACCAGUGGAGCAAAGAAAGGAAAAAGAUCCAGUCAGCAGCAGAAGGAAGACCACGCGAUGAAAGCUGGACGGACAGAGCCUGCUGACACGGACAGUGCUGAAUGCAAAAGGAAGAGUCUGUCUCUGCAGGGUGUUGCUUGCGGCAAGUCGGAUGUGCUGAAUGACACGCGUGUUACGAGGCCAUCCAAAAGCGUUGCCCAAAAAGCUAAGCACAGCGAGGAGAAUCGCAGGCAGUCAAAACAAGGCACGUUUUGCGAGGAGGCUGACGGUGAUGGGUCGCUUCUGAACGCUAACGAAGGAAAUAUUUAUAUACUGGAUGCCACGAAAGAAGGGAAUGUGGGUCGUUUUCUUAACCACAGCUGCUGCCCAAAUCUGUUUGCACAGAGCGUGUUUGUAGAGACUCACAACAGAAGUUUCCCAUGGGUGGCUUUCUUCACAAACAGGCACGUGAAAGCUGGAACCGAACUCACAUGGGAUUAUGGUUAUGAAGCUGGAAGCCUGCCAGAGACGGAGAUUUCCUGCCAGUGCGGAAUGCAGAUGUGCAGGAAAAAAACCUUAUGGGAGAGGGAAACUGAAGAUUUCUGCAGUGGGCUUGCACAGAAACCACAGACAAACCUUCCUGCUCUAGGUGCUCUCCAGAUAAUGGCGAAGAUGGUGAGAAGAACGUGUGCGUUCUGUUCGGAAGGGGAGUCCGGCUCCAUAAUGUACAUUGCCGAAGAGCAAAACAUUGCAGCUCAUCGGGAUUGUUUGCUAUUUUCCUCAGGAUUUGUGGAAUCUGAAGAGUAUAACCCAGAGAAUCUGGACAUCAGGUUUGACGUGGAAUCCGUAUUGAAUGAACUCAAGAGAGGAAAGCGCCUGGUGUGCAACUUCUGCCGCAAGAAAGGAGCCACGGUGGGGUGCGAGGAGAGGGCCUGUCGCAGGAGCUACCACUACUUCUGCGCGCUCUGCGACGACGCAGCGAUAGAAACCGACGAAGUGAACGGAGUCUACCGAGUGUUCUGCCCAAAACAUGACCCAGGCAAUAGGACCAAUCACUAUGAUGCAGCUAAUAAGAGGAAAAGGCACGCACUGAAGUCUUCCACCAUCACAGAACAAAUGAGCACAGACAAAACAGCAGAAGAGAACAGAUUACGAAUAUUAAAAAGAAAAAACAGCAGGCACAAAGUCCGAAUAGACUUCCUCAGGAAAUGCAAGCAAGCCGGGCUGCUGGAUGACAUCUUUGAAGAAAUGCUGGACACGCUGCACUUGGCACAGGAGAAGCUGAUGGAUGACAACACUUCGGAAACAGAGUAUGAAGAGACAGUGAUGUCACUCUUCGACUGCGGGCUGUUUGAAAACAUACUGACCAAUAUUCAUUCAGGGACAGAGGAAAAAAUCCAGGAACUUCUGGAAAGCAGGAAACAACUGGAUCACCAGAUUGAGCUACUGCAGGAUUUAAAAGAAGUCGUCCUUCCCCCCCAGGAGAGCGCUGCCAGUACCUCCAGUACAGCAUCUGAAUAACCCCUGGGGCUGUCUGUAACGGUGUCAAUACUGAGAAUUUUCUAAGGAUAGAAAACAUAGAGCACGUCAGGUCAGUGUGUAAGUGAUUUCCUUUCCUCCCCAAAGUUAGGGACACAAGCAAAGACUGGGUGUUUUACUCAUUUUUUAUACCUCACUGUUGCAAUAACUUUAAGUUGUCCCUGUCUUUAAAUUUUAUUGUGGAUAAAUGAGUGGUAUAUACCAAAUUUAGCUCCUUUGAAGCUGAAGAGAACCCCUUCCCCCAGGACUUUCUUUCCUCAAAGACAAGGGAGCAUCAGCUGCCAGAGAACACACUUCAAAGUCACUUUACUCGCAGCAGCCCUCUUCUGCCUGUGGGAGGUGGCUGCAUCACUGUCUGCAUAUAGACGGUGCUGUUUUAAGAACCACAGUGCUGCUUUGGCUUGCCAAAGAAGAUAAAUUAGCAGAAGUUGCAUUCAAAGACACCUUCUGAAUUAGAAAGAGUUUUUUUAAAUUGAGCAUACAUUAAGCAGUCAAUGAGGACUUAGAGCUGCUGUAAUGACAAGGGUAAAAUGGUGUUUGCAAGCAGGCCGGCAAGGGCUGGCUGCCAUGCUCCAAUCAAAAUGGAAACGGAUCUCAAUCAGAGGGACUGUCUCUUCCUUUCUCCAUUAAGGAAGGCUGUAACUUCUGUGUUUUAGCUGAAAAGCUACUAUAUUAAAAGUAUUUGAAUACAGAAAAGCAUUGUUUAGCUACAAAAGGGUAACUUAAUAAAACUUUUUUAAGAAAGCUGUGU